UACACCUUCAGUCGGGCCGGGUGUCUGCAACUGACUGGGAAGCAGGCUGAGAUAUGCAGGGCAACUUUUAAGAGCCUGAUCUGCCGCACAAGACGCAUCUUCUGUCGCUGUCACCUCCACCUCCUGCAACGGGCGCAGCAUGGCCGCGACGUCAACACCACUGACCCAGGUGCUCCCGCCCCUCAUCCUGGGCGGCGCCGGGUUUAGUUAUCAACUAACACCAAACCCGAAUCCAGAGCGGACAAGAGAAGUCCUGACGCGGGCUUUUGAGCUUGGAAUCCGCGCCAUCGACACCUCGUCGUACUACGAACCAUCCGAGGAGCUUCUCGGGGAAGCGUUGUCACAUCCGGAGUUCAGCUCUCGCUACAGCCGGGAUGAUUAUAUCCUGAUGACUAAAGUUGGUCGCGUCAAUGCUACAAAGUCCGACUACUCCCCAGAAUGGAUUAGAUACUCGGUUGCUCGUUCUCUACAGCGGUUACGGACGAGCUACCUGGACGUCGUGUUCUGUCACGAUAUCGAACUGGUUGCUGAGGACAGUGUGCUGGAGGCAGUUGGAGUGUUGCUGGAGAUGGUCGCGGCGGGGACAGUUCGCUAUGUUGGGAUAUCAGGCUAUCCAAUCAACACUUUAGCCAGGGUCGCUCGUCGCGUACGGGAGAUAUAUGGCCGGCCGCUGGAUGUAAUACAGAACUGGGCGCAGAUGACGCUGCAGAAUGAUCGAUUAGAGCGGCAAGGCUUACAGGCAUUCAAAGAAGCCGGGGUGUUGUGUGUGUGCAGUUCUAGCCCCCUUGCAAGUGGUCUUCUGCGCGACGAAGGUGUACCGAUUGCUGCGCUAGGAGACUGGCAUCCAGCGCCAGAAGGGCUGCGUAGAGCUGCGCAUGCCGCGGCGGGCCAUGUUGCAUCGCAGGGUGACUCAUUAGCGCGGCUGGCACUGCGGUACGCACUGCGUCGGGCGCAGUAUUCUUCAACAGCAGAAUCACGCGUUGGCACGAUUAUGGGAGGGACAUCGGUGGCUGAGAUCGAGGAAAACAUCACAACGGCGCUGUGGGUACUGCGACGGGAUGGAGGGAUAUGGAAAUGGGACUGUAAUGACAAGCAGGCAUUGGGAUCACCUGGUAGCAACACGGAUUUAGACUCAGAUCUGCGCUUGUUCGCAGCUGUCCAAGAAAUUCUGGGCGAGUGGAGGAAUUACAGCUUCUCAGAUGGAAACGCGGAGGGGGAAGAGGCAGCCGUUCAGACGAAGCUGUGAGAAUUCUAGAAUCAAUUAGACGUGUUUUCAAUAAAGCAAUAAACUUCAAGUUUCACAUGAAGAGCCCAACUCACCGGAAAGCCGUGAUGGAUUGAGGAAGGAGGAAGAAAGCC